AUGGGAGCAGACUGCGCUUGCCUGGACGCUGCUAACGUCACUUGGCCGAACAGGAACGGAAUGCACUACAGCGCUUUGGUCGAAAUGCUCAUUUCUACCUAUGUGACGUUUCAGCUGUAUUGGUACGCAUUGAUCAUCAAACCCACACUGACGUACAAAACACCUUCAGACCCCAAGUCCUGCUUCACCGCUGUCGAAACAUGCAUCGAAAAACUGGGAAGGAUUGACGUCCUGUUCCACAAUGCCGGACGGCUGAGUCCAAUAGUUACAGUGGUCGACCACGAUGUUGACGAUUUCAACAAAGUCAUCAUGACCAAUCUUUGUGGGGCUUUCUAUCUUGCUAAGGCUGUUAUUCCUCAUAUGAAGAAACACGGAAAAGGAGUGAUCGUAAAUACUGCAAGUGUUUCGGGAAUUGGAGGAGAUUAUGGUCUCUCUUCCUACAACGCUGCGAAAGGAGGACUAAUCAAUCUCACACGGACAAUUGCCAUAGACCAUGCAAGAGACGGCAUCCGUGCAGUAACGGUGUGCCCUGGGUUCAUGGAUACCCCUCUGUCUGAAGGAACAUUGAGAAAUGAAAAGCUCAGGGAUGAAUUGUUCGAGAGCAUACCCAUGAAUCGCGGAGGGCACCCCAAAGAAGUGGCCCAGUUGGUGCUCUUCCUGGCUUCAGAAGAAGCGUCUUAUAUUACUGGACAUCGUAAGAAAACCAUCGGCAAUUUGUCUGAUUGA